UCAAAUGUCAAAUCAGAUCGAAAAAGUAGAAUUUUGCCGAUGGGGUCUGUAGUGCUUCCAUUUCAAUGAAAUGUUUCCUUUUCAAUUUCUAGAUUAUUAAUAGGUUACUUGUUAAUACCAGCUUAGAAUUACCGAAAUUGUAAUGUAUUCAGGAAGCGAUUCUAACGAGUCCCAAAAGUAUGCUCAGUGGCCGCUUAAUCCAGCAUCUUUUCAAAACGUACCGGGUGAACAAGUUGAUUGGGCAGUCUUAGCACAGCAAUGGAUUAUGAUGAAAGAGGCAGGUCCGCCUCCGAUGCCCACAGAACCCCCUGUAGCCCCUAGCAAGAAAAAAGCUCACCGAGAAAAGGAACCAGAUCCAGGAAACGAUAAAGAACCGCCGCCUCCACCGACGUGGAAUUCUAAUGAGGGUGCUCCAACACCAGGAACGGAAGCUUGGAAUUGGAAUACACAAAACCAAUCGUGGAAUUGGAAUAAUAGUUGGACUUCUCCAGUUCCACCCCCUGCUCCAACAAUUAGUGGAUUGAAAGCACCAUUGUUACCUACUCCUGUUAAUUCAUAUGCUGAACCUCCUGAAACUGUUACUGAUAAUGCAGUGCCCUUUGGCAGUAACUCAAAUUCUAAUAGUUCUCAUUAUUGGAACAGCUCUUCAACUUCUUCCAAACACAUAAAACCGCAUAACAAAAGGUAUAGCAAAGUGAAUGUACCUCUUAGACAAUCUACUGCCCUCCCCCCUAUGCCAGUUUCACCAAUUGAUGCAGGCACAGUAACUCCUGCAUCUUUAGAUACUGCCAAGAGAAAGCAAUUACCAGCCUGGAUCAGGGAAGGUUUGGAAAAAAUGGAGAAGGAGAAAUUAAAGCAAAUUGAAAAGCAGAAGGAGAAAGAAGAGAGGGAAUCAUAUAUGGAACAAACUAAACAUUCUAAUAAAGAAACUAUGGAAAUUUUAAAAUCUACAAUGAAAGAAAGACAAAAAAGUAGAUUUGAAAGUGAUGGGGAAAACUCUGAUAAUGAAAGCAAAGUGAAAAAAAAGAAUAGGACUCCAGAACCAAUGCCCUUAACACAGGAAGAAUUGAUGUUGAAAGUGCGAAGGACAAUGACUGAAAUAUUACUAAAUGUGACAAAUCGCCAAAUAGAGGCAGUGUGUAAAGAGGAAUUGCAACGUUUUGUUAAAAAUCGCAAAGCUUCAGAAGCAGCCACAGCACCCAGCAGUGGUGCCACCAUUAGAGGUCGACUCGGACUGGGUAUGUAUGGAGGAGACGAUUCGGGAAGUAGUUCAGAGGAUGAGAGAGAUAGAGGCGUUUACAGGGAUUCUGAUGAUGAGUUGAGGAAUGCGAUCAAACGAAAAGUGAGCGAUUUUCAAAAGACCGAACGGGAAAUAGAAGAGAGGUUAGACGAAGCGGAAAGGCGGAAGGAAGGCAGCGCUAGCAGAUCACCAAGUCCGGAAUCCAUCGAUAACGAUUCACAGGUAGACGCUAGAAGUCAAGAUCGCAGAUAUUCCCAACACGAUACGAGAGACGCAUCCCCCGUGUAUGAAAAACAGAAACCACAAUCCAGUUCCUCAUCUUCACAAGAAGAUAGUUCUUCGUCGGACGAAUCGAAAAGUUCAUACAAAAGAUCUAAAAAGAGAUCGCCCACUCCCGAAAGAAGACACCGCGUAGCUUCGUCUCGUUGGUCCAAGUCUCCUUCAUCAAGGAGAUCCAGACGGGAUUCGAAUAGUCCGAACAGAAGAGAUUCUGUAGGAUCAAGGAAGAAAUCGUCUUCUUCUAAGCGAUCGAGGUCUAGAUCAUAUUCCAGAUCGCGCAGGUCUAGAUCGUCUUCGUACAGACGAUCAAAAAGAUCGCGAUCGCGAGACAAAUCGAGAAGAUCCAGAAGUUCGACUAGAAGCCGGUAUUCAAAAAGAUCACCUUCUAGUUCGAGAUCUGACAGAAAGAGGAGAAGGCGCUCGAGGUCAGAUAGUAGCAGUAGGGGUAAGAGAUCUCACAGACAUUGAUCGACAAUUGGAUCCCAAAAGGUGUCAUGUGAGCACUGGGAAGUGCCUCUUCAGAAUGACAGUUCAAUGGUGAUAUUUAUGUAUAUUAUUAUAUAAAUUACAAGUGCACAUUUAAAUAAUUGAUUAAAGUAGUUUUUAGACUUCUUAAAAUUCUUGUAUAAUAUUGUCUCUUUUGUUAGAUUCGUAGGAAUCAAGUUUUACUAUAUAAACAAAACAUGUUUUCAAUGUUUGAUUUUUAAACAAAAGCAAAAUAAAUGAAGAUGUUGAUUCCCAUUAAUUCAAUGAAUGUUUCGGAUCAGGUUUAAAUGAAACCCAAUAAUGUAUUAAUAUAAUUUUAUUUGAC